AUGGCGUCGAGGUCUAUACCGUCCCUCGUCAGACACGCAUCCACCUCGGCCGUGACAAAGCCUAAAGUGUUGGUCAUCGGUGGAGGUAUGUCCCGUCUCCCCACGAGCUUCAAAGCGGAAGGGCAAAGUCUGUCACCUGGCGAUGUGACCAUCGUGGAUAGUAACAAAUAUCACGACUAUCAACCUGGCUGGACAGUCGUCGGUUCUGGCUUGGCUCAGAAAACAUCAUUCCGUCGAUCUCUCUCCGCUCUCCUCCCGGCUCAUAUCGGUCACAUCGAUCAACAAGCGACGGCAUUCGAGCCGACUGCUAAUCGAGUCGUCUUGGCAGAUGGGAGUAAAGUGGAGUAUGAUUAUCUCGUCGUCGCUGCUGGUCUGGCCAUCAAUUACGAUAAGAUCAAGAACCUCACCGAAGCUCUUAAGGACCCUCUCACCAGCAAAAUCAGCACUAUAUAUUCAUACGAAACGGUGGACAAGACUUGGGAGUUGAUCAAAUCGUUUGACGGGAAAGGAGAAGCUGUAUUCACACAACCUUUUGGACCUGUGAAAUGUGCCGGUGCUCCUCAAAAAAUCGCCUACAUGGCAGACGCUUAUUGGAAAACGACCCCCUCAGUCCCACAUUCCAGAUUCAUAACCGGUAUGCCUACCAUGUUUGCCGUCCCCCACUAUUCCAAAAUCCUCGAUCGAUUGAGGCAAGAGAAAGGCAUCGCAGCAGAAUUCAACACAAACCUCGUUGAAGUCCGACCGGAAAGUAAAACCGCAGUUUUCGAAAUCUUGGCAGGGGAGAAAAAGGGUGAAAAGGUGGAGAAGGAAUUCGGUAUGCUUCAUGUCGUCCCUCCGAUGGGACCGUUGGGAUGGAUAAAGAAAAGUCCAUUGGCCGAUUCGGUUGGUUGGGUUGAUGUGGAUCAAGGGAGUUUGCAACAUAAGAAGUAUCCCAACGUGUUUUCGUUAGGAGACGCUAGUUCUUUACCUACUUCCAAGACCGCAGCAGCCAUCACGGCCCAAGCUCCCGUCCUCACACACAACCUCGUAACACUGAUGAAAACCGGUCAAGUUGGUAAGGCUAUAUACGAUGGGUACACCUCUUGUCCAUUAUUCAUAUCCCGUGGAGAAUUAUUAUUGGCAGAGUUCAAAUAUGGUUUAGAGAGGAAAGAGACUUUUGGAAGGUUUAUCGAUCAGAGUGUUCCUAAUCGCGCGUUUUAUCACCUCACAAAAGAUAUAAUCCCACAUUUCUAUUUUUCCCGAAUGACAAAAGGAGAAUGGUAUGGUCCUAGAGGAUUGUUUCCCCCUCAGUUCUCAUAA